AUGAGGCAACAUUCCCCCUUUUCGUACUAUGUCAGUCAUAAACCGAAAGAGCUUCGACGGCUCUAUGAGCCUCUUUCGUUGCUAUGCGCGCUGCGGGAACAAAUCCCAGAGCAUAAACUCAGCGAAGUGGAUGAUGCUGGUGGGAUGAGUGGAAUCUCACAGCGCCGCCGCGACUUCCUCAAUGCGCUUGUUCGAUUAGCAGCGUUUAAACAGGAAUGGCAUUUAGCCAUCACAGCGGGAUGCGAUCAGGAGAGUGUGAUUAUUGCUGUCGCGGGAGAUCUGGACGUCAGUAACCCGGUUGUUCGGUUUCUGGACGCGUUGCUGGAAAUGGUCAAACAAGCUCUGGAUGCAGACUUAAAUGCGACGACAUUGGAUGCAGAGAUUUGCAAUAUCUCAAACUAUGUGAUGAAAUGGCAACGUGACAACAGCUUCGCGGUGUAUCACAGGAUCUUCGACCAUAUUGCGCCGGUUUGCAUACCCAUAAUGGCUGCUUGGUCUAACGACCCAGAAGUCCUUGACGAUAUUGCCCACCGGAUGAGUUCUGGCAUUGACAACUACAAGGAACUCAGUCAAAGGCUGAUGCAAGUCGUGCCUGCGCCCAGCAAGCUAAUUCCACGGCUUCAAUACUACCAAGAAAAUGUUUACACUUUAAUCCAUCCGGAACUUCGCGUUAUGGACUUUUUCGACAAGAAAAGUCGCCUACAAUAUUGGGACAAUUAUGAUAAAUAUAUCGCAACUAGCAAGCCCUGUUGCUACCUUUGCAGCCAGUAUCUGUCACAUCGACGCAACUACCACAUCCGAAACUGCGAUCCAAACGAUAUUGACCUCCACUGGCGCUUGCCUGACAUUCAAGCUGCCGAAAGCAGCGCACGCUUUGAAGAACAGAGAAAGAUACUUCGCAAGAUCACGGAACGUGCUCGGAGAGAUGUUGAGAGAUUUAUAUUAGAGCGUUGCUCCGGGAGUAACGACUUGACAGACGAUGAUAGUUCGCAGUCAUCUAGCCCCUCCAUUGAGACCAUCACGACAUCGCAGGAACCAUUAACAAGCGAAGUCAAUGACUGUCUCAAUCCCUACAGACUCCCAUCAGGCACUGAACAUCAUAAAUACCCUGGUUCUGAGAGAUGGGAUGAAAGCGGAGAUGAAGAAGAUGAAGAAAGGGUGGUUUUCAAGGGAAGGAAGGGCAAAAUUUCAUCUGGCUAA